AUGCAGAUGGCACCACCGGGAGAUGCUCUAUCUGAGAGUCCUCAUUCCACUCCGGGUGAUCUUUCGACGCGGUCGAUCAUGCUACGGACGUCCCAGGAUGAACGAGCUAAGAGAAUCAACCCCAUGGGGUAUCCAGUCUUCCUUGGCAGCACCGCCGCAAUAUCAUUCUUGGAGUUCCUGCAGCAGACAUGGCGGACCUAUGUCGAGCCCAACAGUUUUACCGAAAACCCAGGAACAAAACGAAUGCUCGAGGCAGACAUACCACGGUCCUUGACCCCGCCGAAGGAGGUUCUGGACGAUAGUCAGAAAAGGAGGCUCGUUGGGUCCUAUUUACAUGCUUCGAGUGGGAUUCUGGAUCUAUUCACCGAGAAUGAUGUUGAGAGAAUCCUCGCUUGCUCCAAUCCACAGGUUCAAUGUCCUCCCUCGCCGGAGGACACUGUGGAUCCAGAAGUAAAUCAGCAUGUCCUGCUGGAUUUGAUGAUUGCGAUUGGCGCUCAGGCCGCUGCAGCUCAGCAUGAGCUUUGCCUGGCGGUUCCGUACUUUACACGGGCCCAACGUGCUGCAUUUGCGGGCAUGCUGCAAGCACCAACCGUCGAUUUGGCCCGGGCCUUUGUCCUAAUGGCGUUUUACAUGCUCGGUGCGUGCAACCGUAAUGCGGCACUGAUGUAUAUUGGGGUUGCAUCCAACAUGUCCAUGAUUCUUGGACUGCAUUUACCCGAAAAAUAUCAGCAUCUUCCCAUUGAGAAGAGAGAGGCAAGACUUCAGACAUGCAAAAGCAUUCGAGUGUUGGACCUGAUUUGCAACACAAUACUCGGUCGACCAGGCAACACUCCCAUCAUUUGCGACGAGCGAGAAUUUCUGGACGGCGAAAUCUGCCCAAACUACGCGACGUUAUGCGCGACGUACGAAGUGGUGUCUGUCCUCCAGUCCGUGGUCAACAAGACGACCGAGAACGAAGGGAUCCACAUCGAUGAUGCGGAGGAAUUCAUCCAGCAGCUCCAGAAAUGGAGCGGUAAUCUGCCGGCUCAUUUGCGGCAGCAGAGUCUUGCAAGCCACCUGGAGCUGCCAACUCUGGCGACUAAUCGGGCUAUCAUCGGGAAGAUCCAUCUGGCUUGUAUCUACUAUUAUGCGGUGAUUCAGGUCACGAGGCAAUUCCUAGUGAGCCAGAUCAUUCCUCAUAUCCGCGGGCAGAAGGUUCCGGACAGUGUCAAUGAACGGGAGACCGAACUGGCGACCAUGUGCACGGAGGCCGCACUGCUGAUGAUACAGAUGUGUGAAGACGCCGCUCAAGCCAAUUCUCUAUUAGGCAACAUGUGCAUCUUAAAGUAA